AUGAAUAGAAAUCGAUUUGAAGAAAUCCUGUCUUUUCUUCACUUUAAUAAUAAUCAAGAGGUUGCUACUGAUCCUGCCAAUCCAAAUUAUGACAAGUUAUUCAAACUGAAGCCACUGAUUGACCAUUUCAGAACUGUUUUCAAAGGGUUGGUUACAGCAGAGACCAUGCAGUGCAUCAAUGAAAUGAUGGUGCCAUUCAAGGGCAGGCAUGGCGCCAAACAGUACAUGCCAAAGAAGCCAUGUAAAUGGGGCUACAAGUUCUGGUGUCGAGCUGGCAUGUCUGGUUAUGUCUACGAUUUUGAAAUCCUUGGUUCUCAAGAGGCAAAGGGUCCACCGCCUGGGGUAAAUCCUGAAGAGUUUGGAGAAAGUGAAAAUGUUGUCCUGAGAUUGUCCAAGGAAUUGGAGAAGAAUAGGCAUCAAUUGUUUUUUGAUAAUUAUUUUUCCAGUCCCAAGCUCUUAGUUAAUCUGAUGUCUCGAGGCAUUCUUGCCGUUGCCACUCUCAGAUCUGACCGGAGUUGUGGUUGCCCUCUGCCUGCGGAGAAAGAUAUGCGAAAAAAUGGCCGGGGAGAUCUUGCUGAAUUUACAGAUUCAAAGGCUGGUCUAGUGAUCUGUGCAUGGUAUGACAACCGUAGGGUGUUAACCAUCUCAAACUUCUUGGGAAAGCAUCCUGUCUCAAAUUGCAAGCGAUAUGAUAGGAAGAAGAAGGAGACUGUCUCUGUGCCCCGUCCGGCAUCUGUCGAAUUGUACAAUAAAUUUAUGGGCGGGGUGGAUAAAGCUGACAUGUUCCUAUCACUUUACCGCACGAAGCACCGAAGCAGAAAGUGGUACCAUUGUAUUGCAUUCCACCUUAUAUCUCUGGCUGCUGUGAAUGCAUUUGUGAUGUAUCGUGAGAUUGGUGGAAGCGGAUCCUUUCUUGAUUUCAUUGUCGAUGUAUGCCGGUGUUUGCUCGCUGUUGAAGAGCCAAAUGAUCCUGACAGUCAGUCCACCUCAGUUGUACGUGUACAAAGGUCACUGAAAGCCAGCCAAGUGCCAAAGGAUAUACGUUUUGACAAAUGUAACCACUGGCCCCUUCAAGUUGAGAAGCCUCAACGUUGUAAAAACACUGGUUGUAACAGAAGAAUGCGGUUUUUGUGCUCAAAGUGCCAAGUGUACCUGUGUGUAACAGGGACAACAUGCUUUUUGGUUUACCAUGACAUGACUUCUGAAUAA